AUGACAUCCCAAGAACAAAAAACGUUAAAUGCGACCAACCCCACCUUGACCAAUGCUUCCCUGGCGGAUGCCGAGGAGGCAGCCUCUUUGCCCGCUCUAAAGUUCCCCCCAGAAGAAAUUCAGGCCGACGUCAACAGGAUAGAGCGUGAUGAGGAUCUCACCGAAGUGAUGGACCCAACGAACGCACUACCGCUCUCAUCGCACUACUACGCAGAGUCUACCUCGGACGCCUCGGAGAUCACGUUCGAUAUGCGGGACUUCCAAACCGUGCACUCUAGCAAACGGAGGAAAAGAGCGCUCAACCUUGCGCCUAAGAUAAUGGGACACACCACCACGUUCCCUUCGGCUCUGGGCAAUGUAGUGGUCUUCACUCCGAAAGACCCCACAAAGCAAGUCACAAGCUUUAAUAGCAUUCGCCUGACCGCGGAGUUAGAAAACAUCGCUCCGUCCAGUAUCCUGCAAAUCAGGCCAAAUAAGGCACUAAACGUCAUUGCUAUUGACACCCGGAACUUACAAACUACAGCGCAGCUGUUGAAGCGUGAAACUCUGCUAGGUGUACCGAUGUACGCUUAUGAACCAAGGUCCAAAACUCAUGCUGUGGGUGUCGUGAAGGACGUAGCGAAGGACAUCACUGAGGAAGAGCUCAAGGCACAGCUUAAGAGUACAAUUAAGCUUGCUCAACUGAGGCGCUUGGGUGAUUCCCAAACAGAACGGGCGGCGACGCAAGAAGCCUUCCUUCGCCGCGGUUCCUUGCCCGGAGUCGUCGGAUGCGUCGACGGCAUCUUCAUCGCAAUAAAGGGGCCCUCAAAGUACAACCCUACCGUGACGAAGGUGCUCUACUGGUGUAGAAAACUGUACUACACCCUGAACGUCAUGGUGAUGUCUGACGCCGACCUGCGUAUUUUGGCCAUCGACCCCAGGAUGCCCGGCUCAACCCACAACUCAUAUGUGUGGAGGCGUUCGUGGGUGCGCCAGGAGUGCGUCGCUGGCCAUCUUGUCAGGCACAAUGAGCACCUGCUUGGGGACACUGGGUACCCCCUGGAGCCCUGGCUGAUAACGCCUGUGCCUGUGCGGCCAGCACUUGGCAAAACGGCUGGGCAAUACAAUCAGGCUCACGCCUCCAUGAGGGCAGUCGUGGAGCGCUGUACCGGGCUGCUGAAGAGGAGGUUCCGGUGCUUGCACAGGCACCGAACCCUUUAUCAUCAUCCGAAGAUCGCCGCCACGAUCGUGGCAGCCUGUGCGGUGCUCCACAAUGUCUGUCUCUGCUCAGGAGAGGCUGAGCCAGAGCCCCAGUCAGACUCAGACAGCAGUUCUGACGAGGACGAUGACGAAGAAGAAAGCGCCGACGCAGCUCGCGAGCGGAGAGGCCUCCAGUCGAGGCGUCUUUACAGUCAGGGGAAGGCUGUGCGGGACCGCCUUGUGCUUCUGCCGAGCACAGCCCACCUGCAACGCGUCCGUGACCGACUGCGUCGCAUCCGUCGUCGCCGCCAGCACCGGUAA